AAGUAAUAGUCACUAUUGUCAUGAUGCAGACUGAUACCAAAAAGAUUUCUGUAGUCUCUAUAUUUUUUGAGACAAUGCCAUACUGACUGAAUGAAAGCACAAGAUAUAUUGACUAUGACCAGGAAAUACCUGCAGAGGGAACUUCUUCAACAGAUUGAUUAUAAGGGAUCCACAGAGUUGGGAAACAUUGGCAUUGAUCCAUGGGAUUCCUCCAUUUUGGAAGGCCUGAUGAAGAAGAUAAAUCCUACAAUUAAAAAAUUUUAUGUGCUUUAUGCUUGUAUAAAUGCAUUUCAGGGGUAUCACUUGAGCACUAAAUCUUAUACAGGAAAAGUGGCCUUAUCUACUUUGAAGAAUGCAUCAAGGAACAAAGUUAUAGAGAUAGGUAAUAUUUAUUUACACGGACAUGAACAAUGAAAAUGUUGGAAUGAAAAUGUUGGAAUGAUCCGUAGCAAAUUUGUUGAGCAUCUCUAGAAAAACUCCCAAUGUAAUAGAACUAACAAUAUUUCUUAGUUUGAUACUUUGUAUAGGAGUUAUUAUUUUUUUAUUUGUAAUACUAAAAAAUCAUAUAUUAUGUUUAAUACUUUGAGUUAUAUAAUAUUUUGUCUAUGGAUUA